ACGUGUUUCAAGUCCAGGUUUGAACUUUGUUCAGAUCAGAAUAAAAAUGGCGACAGGCAGACACACUAAGCCCCUCUUCUUCCUCGGGCUUCUCAUGGCUUGUAUCCCAGCAUGCAUUGGGCUUCCUGAAGGCAUGUUUUUGGGGAGACCUGACGCAAGCGUUUUCCUUCAUCGAACCCGUCGAGCCAACUUCUUCUGGGAGGAGCUGAAACAAGGCAACCUGGAGCGGGAAUGUCUGGAGGAGAAAUGCUGCUAUGAGGAGGCCAAGGAGAUCUUCGCUCUGCCGCAGCAGCUGGAGGUCUUCUGGAGAAUGUACACAGCCGAGGAUCACUGCCACUCGUCUCCCUGUAAGAACGGCGGCACUUGCACUCGCAAGAUCAACACUUUUGUCUGUCAGUGUCCAUCUGGAUUCCACGGAUCCACCUGUGACAAAGUGCGCUUGACCACCAAUGGAUGUCGCUACAGGAAUGGAGGUUGUGAACAUUUCUGCAAAGAGCUUCCAGACCGGACAUACACUUGUUUCUGUGCUGCAGGAUAUCAUUUGGAUCAGGACAACAGUACCUGUAGUCCACAAGACCCUGUUCCCUGCGGACGACCAAUAGUCCAGUUCGGCCCGAGAAUUGUCAACGGAGAGAUCUGUCCCAAAGGACAUUGUCCCUGGCAGGCUCUCCUAACUGAGAACCAUCAGCAUACCUGCGGCGCCAUCAUCCUGUCCGAUCAAUGGAUUCUGACUGCAGCUCAUUGCCUGUUGAAGAAACCAAGCAACAUCUUCCAUGUCGUCGUGGGCGAACAUGACCUCGAAGAAGAUGAGAAGACGGAGCAGAAGCGUCGCGUGUCUAAAGUCGUGAUUCACCAUGGUUACAACAAGUCCAGCUACGACAGCGACCUGGCCAUGCUGAAGCUUCACCGUCCCAUCAAACUGGGACUCUACGUCGUCCCCAUUUGUCUUCCGGCUAAGAACAGCUCGUUUGGCCGCACGCUGGCGGCCAUCCGACACAACGUCGUGUCAGGGUGGGGUCGGCUGUCACUGCGCGGGUCCACUGCCAGAUUGCUCCAGCGCCUGACGCUACCACGGGUCCCGCUGCAGGAGUGUCGCCUGCAUACCAAACUCAACAUCACCCGAAACAUGCUCUGUGCCGGGCUACAAAAGGGCGGCCAGGACGCAUGCAAGGGUGACAGCGGCGGACCUCUGGUGACGCGCUACAAGAAAACUUGGUUUCUGACUGGUGUGGUGAGCUGGGGGAACGGCUGCGCUGACAACAACAUGUACGGCAUUUACACCAAAGUCAGCAACUACCUGGACUGGAUCCAGCAUCAAAUGUCCAGAUGGUGAAAGCCAAAAGACCCUGGGAUUUGCCAAAUGACAACUUCAUUAUAUAUUAUGAAUUGGUUUUACCUCUUGACUUUGUUUCAACAUAGUUAAUAAACAAGCAUUUUUUUCUC